CCAGCUUCCCUCUUCCUUCCUCUGCUGCUCCUCAAUGAUUUGUGUCCCCUUUUGUUUUCAGAAGGCAGGGAGUGUGUAAACUGUGGAGCUACCUCAACCCCACUAUGGAGGCGAGAUGGCACAGGGCAUUACCUCUGUAACGCCUGUGGAUUGUAUCAUAAAAUGAAUGGGCAAAAUCGGCCGCUGAUAAAGCCCAAAAGAAGACUGUCAGCUGCAAGACGGGCUGGGACAUCGUGUGCAAAUUGCCAGACAACAACAACCACUCUUUGGAGGAGGAAUGCCAACGGGGAUCCAGUGUGUAAUGCCUGUGGGCUAUAUUUCAAGCUCCACAAUAUUAACAGACCCCUGACCAUGAAGAAGGAAGGCAUCCAGACCCGAAACCGGAAGAUGUCUAGCAAGUCAAAAAAGAGCAAAAAGAUUCACGACAGCCUGGAUGAUUUCCCCAAAAGCACCUCCUUCAAUCCCGCCGCCCUUUCCAGACACAUGUCGUCCAUCAGUCAUAUUUCUCCCUUCAGCCAUUCAGGCCACAUGCUGACCACACCAACUCCGAUGCACCCUUCUUCUGGCUUGUCUUUCGGACCUCACCACCCCUCAAGUAUGGUGACCGCCAUGGGCUAAAGAAGGCCUCUCAGACAGGGG